AUGUGUCUGUUGAGGUUGGAACUUCUGUCCACUUGUUCAAAGUGCAGGUACACUUUUUACGUGUCCGGCAAUGCAUUUGAUUUGAAGCAUUCCUACCUCACCAUCUGGUUGGUUUCACGUCUCUCGAAGUUGUCCGACUUCGCAGUUUCCAUUGGAUUAGCGAGGCAUUCCGCAAUGCCGGAGAAGGAGGAGGAGGAGGAGGCUGGGUCGGCGUAG